CCCCCUUUCAGUGCUCCAGCAGUCAGCCAUGACAUAUGUCUGGCUGGUGUCUCUAUGCCUGGCAAGCGCUCUCCGCGAGGAAGGUUGGCACGAAAAGCUUGCGAUCCGUGCAGGGUGAGGAAGAUCCGCUGCGAUGAGGUAGUCCCGUGCAGCAGAUGCGUCGCAUCGGGCAUCAAGUGCACCUUCAAGACUGCUCAAAACAGAAGAGGUCCGAAGGGUCUUCGCGAGAACACUGUCAAAAAGAUUCAACAAAAGAGGCAAUCCCCGGAGGUGGAAGGAUCGGAGACGCCCGAAGCAGAGAACAUUUCUCAUUUGCUGGAAAUCCUCGACAUUUACGCUUCACGCCUCUACCCGAUAUGGCCUAUAGUCAAAGUCGCGGAGCUGAAGGACACGCUCCUGGCCAACCCGGUCAGCUCCAGUAUCCUUUGUUUGGCGAAUGCUGUUGCACUCUCGACGGUUGCGCAGCUCAAGCUCUCGACUGCUUGGAAGGGGUCUGCCGCGGCAUGCACAUCAGACAUCACGGGAGACCACGACAAUCAGCUGGACCGGCUUCGUGUGUCAUUCUUCCUGCACAUCUACUACGAGAAUCUUGAGGGGGGUGGCAACAAGUCGCUCCUCUAUCUACGUGAGGCAAUCACCCUGGCUCAAAUCGCAAGACUAGAGCGCGAGUCCACCUACACAUCUCUGCCUGAAAGGGAUCAACAGCUUUCUCGGCGGGUUCUCUGGCUUCUCUUUGUUACUGAAAGAGGUGUGGCAUUGUUGCAUAGACUUCCGGCUAUUCUGCAGCCAAACAUUUUGCUGCCAUGGUAUGGCGUUGCAGACGACAUUGCAGACAUCCUGCCAGAGUUCCUCAAGCUGGUGAACCUCUUCUGGGUUUUCGACCAGUCCGGCGUGUUUGAGUGGCUACGAAGUGCAGAGUCUGGUUCACGGGCUUCCGUUUCACAAAGCUGUAUUACGAUGCUGCAACAAACGCUAGAAGACUCUACCAAGGGCGAGUAUUGGGUUGGCAACGACAUCCAGCGCGCCGAUAUUCUGGUGACGCGCCAGUGGAUGCGCGCCGUCCUUUGGCGUGCUGCCUUGCGCUUUGGCAUCAUGAUUCCCAUUGACCCGGUCAGAGUUGCGCAAGAGUUUCUCACACUCAUUGCGAGUAUUCCACCAGCGGCUUUGGAGUCUCAUGGGCCGACUGUGGAGUUCAAGACGUUCGAAAUAGCCACCGCCGUUAUUGACGCCAUGGCCAACGAUUUCAGCGGCGUCUCAGACGAACAACCGAAACGGAUCCUCCAUGGGUUACGCAAUAUUCUACUGUCGUCGCGCGGAGGCAACGAGAAGCUACUGUCACUGCUCAACGUCCGCAUGAGUGCCGUAACUGCGACGCGUUUCCUCCCGCAGCCAUAUAAUGUGGAGCGCUUUGUCGAAGAUGUGCUUCUGAGCAUGGGUGAGGACGGCAACUGGCGGUCCGAGGACUUCUUUCCCCAGCUACAUCUGAUGCCAUUGUCACCAAACGGUCUAUCCAGCCAGUGUCCAGAGACGACAGGUCUCACACGCUCGCCGUCGCCACUGACGAGGCUGCUUCUCGAAGGGAGGGGCCAGCCAGGAUCUGCUUCAUCUGUUAGCCGCGACAUUGACGUCGAUAGGUCAUUCAGUUGACUAAGCUGCACGAGAAGUAUCAACAGACUUUAAUGACGAAAGCCGUGACUCAAC